CCCUUCUAGUCUAAGCCUUUUAGCCUACUACGUAUUUUAACCCGAUUAAUCAUGGAUGCCAUUAUUUUGGUUCCCGACGAAGGAACUGACGGUCGUCUGUAGUUUGUGGCUACUGUACCCACUUCCACCCACGAUCAUCGAUUCUCUUGGAUCCGCCUCUUUCCCACCCCCUGUUCUUGACUUUUUUAUUACUUCCAUGGAUUCGCUUGAGAUGACUCCGUUGGAAACAAGCUGCCGGAUCCUGCGACUUAUGGAUUCACGCCUCCAAGAAUCUUAAGCAUUCUAAAGAUGGUUACAGGACUAACGCUCUUACAGGUGGUCGUGCAGAAUUCCCAGUGGCGUGUCACAAUUCUCAAUGCGGUUGAUUUGCGAAUUUGACAU